AUGAAAGAGGACUUGAGUACUCCACGACGAGCAGCCACUGCUUCUGGUAGCACCCCACAGGACCACCACCACCACCACCAGCAACAACAACAACAACAACAGCAACAGAGCCACAGUGAAGUCAAUUCUCCCUCAGCACACCGCUCUAGUUCUUGCGUUCUGCAGUCUUCCUCUUCUUUGCAGCAUGUAGACAGAGAGAAGGCGGAGUCGGGUAAUGGCGCCUCCAGCGCAAAGGAACACCGCCACCGCAGAGUUCGCCACAGUGCCACGAGUGCAGAUGUAGAAGCGCCACCAUCCAGUGUGGAUGGUGAUAGAGAGAACGGUAGACGGCCUAAACAUCGAAGGAGGAGUAGACACAAAAGAAAUAGUCAAACCAAAUCCUUCACAAUGGGCGAUGAACCACAAUCCUCUUCUUCCCCACAGCAGGGUGCUCUAGAGUCUACACAAAACAGUAAACUAUCAAUUUCUGUAGACGAUGAGAGUCCUGCAAAAGAUCCCACAGUGCAUCGUUCUCGUAGACGUCAUCAUAAUAAUCCUUAUCAUAGUGAUCGGGAUGAGAGACGUACUACUGUACGGGAUAGUGAGAAAAGAGAAAGGAAGAAGAAGAAAAGAAAUAGUAAUCCUUUACCAUCACCUUCAGCGAUGGGUACGGAAAACGGGGUUUCUGAUGUAGCUAGUUUUGUUUCCACCAAAAAACGAAUCUCUGUUCCUGAAUCACAGGUAGUCAAGACGCCUAAUGGUGUACACAAGAAUGAUAAUGGGGCUCAAUUGUCUACCACCGUAUAUUUAAGCGAUGUGUGCACGGAUGAGACAGCGGUAGUGGUACCAGGCAAACACGCGUCCCCUCUUGAAGUGGGAAAUCGUGUGGAAGAAGAUAUUCAUCAUAGCUGCUCCUCUCGACCUACGAGAAACUCUGUAGAGCCCACCGCAUCAAAUAGUAAUGUCACUUGUGAUCGUAGUGCACCACUGGGAAGUGAUGUUUACGGUGAUGCAAGCAACAUUAGCAUUAACAGUAGUGGUUUUCAGCGUUUGACACCGUUCCCUAUGCGAUUACAUUUUUCACGUGAAUUGGGAAUGAAUGGAUGUGAGGAAACGGUGUUUCGUGGUCCUGUAGAUGAUGUGAUGGACCUUACAGUUCCAUGUGCUCCUUCUCCAAGUGAAGAGGCGGCGAAGAUGACACACGAUUCAACCGAUAGUUAUUCAGCACAAGAGAUGUCCUACUCCAUUCUGCAUGCCUCGCAAAUGGAAAGCAGUAUUCACAGUUGCAUGGCAUCUACGCGGCCGAAGUAUGCCACACCUCCGUGUGCCUCAUGUUGUGUAGACCGCUCUGACCCAGAUAGUUGGCGUCACAACAGACCACGUCGUCACGCAUUUCAGCGGCCAUUUCAUAUGUUUCAAAUUAUAGCGCUGUCUUUGGUAACGAUAGCUUUUAUUCUUUUUUGGUCUACUAUUGUGCCUGCCUAUGCUUUACUGUACACCCAGGGUGGUUAUUCCUCCUGUUUGCUGGAAAUGGUUCUCUUUUCAACACUUACGGGAGUGGGACUUAUCUUAACCUUUUUGUUGUGGGCUAUUGUAUCAUUUAAAGAAAAUGGAGAUGUUUCGAAUGAAGGCGAACCGUGCACAUAUUGCCGUCGUCUCACUAAUGUAGACUCGAGACAUUGUAAAGCAUGCAAUAAGUGUAUCAAAGGAUUUGAUCAUCAUUGCAAAUGGCUUAAUGUGUGUAUUGGUGCGAAAAACUACCGUCUUUUUAUCUGUUAUGUUGUUUCUGCACUUAUUAGCUCGACACUUGCAUCUCUUUCUGGUGUUGUGCUGUUGGCGCGUUGGUGGAAACCUUUAGCCCUUUAUUCAUGGUACUUCCGUGUAGGGCCAAUUUUGCUCUCUGCACUUUCGUUCGUACCAGUGCCACCGCUGCUGCAUCUUUUUUGUUUUCACGUGAUGUUGUGGCGGCUGCACAUGACUACUUUUGAGUUCAUCGUCAUGCGGCGGCAGGGGGUACAGGAGAACCAACAAGCAAGCAAUUCCUCAAGUGAAGAGGAGGAACUCCAACCACGGUAA